UUCGGUUUUUUUCCAAGUGGCGCGCCCAAGCUGGCCAUGCCACUGCGCCCGGCCAUGGAAGCCGUGAGGCGCUCAUGAGCAUCGAGGCUUGGGCACCCGUUGGAAGGGGUGGCGAUGACGGCGAUCCGGCCGUCUCCGACUCAGCGCGCUUGGCGCGGAACGGGCACUUUGUGAGGCUCUUCUUGACCUGCAUUUGCCUGGCGGAGAUCGUCAUCCUGGUGCCCAACCUCCUCACAGAAAUAGCCCUCGAGCGCGGGCUCUACGCGCCGGUGCUGCGGGCAGUGCUCAGUGUGGUGCGGCUCAGCCCAUUGGUGUGGCCCCUGCUGAGCAAGCUGGGCAGGCCCGGCGCACAGCUGCGGCACUUUGUGGAGGUCUCGCUGCCCACCUUCUACGACCCCGCCUGCGGGGGAGUGGAGCCCUGCCGCGGGCUUGCCACGGCGCUCAGCGGCUGGUAUCUCAUCAGCACGCCCAUGCACGAUGCCUUCACGCCUCGAACCGAGGAUGCAGACAUGCCGCUGCCGCCGCAGGAGCCGGAGUUCGAUGAGCAGCUGCUGCUCCCCUGCGACGCUGUAAUCAUGUCAGCCAACGUGGGCCUCUUCCUGUGCGACGCGCUGUCCCUCACAGUGACGCCCUUACUUCGCCAUCCGGAGCCUGCGACGGCGGCGAUUCCGCACCUCCCACGCGCCGAGGCCUUCGUUGCCACCGGGCCGGACGACAUCGACUCAGCCAAGUUCGAACCCACCUGCGUGAUUUGCAUCGCAGAGUUCCAGCCCGGGGAGGCUUUGGCGCGGCUGCCGUGUGGUCACACCUUCCACCGAGAGUGUGUCAGCGAAUGGCUCAGCCAGCACCGCAAAUGUCCGCUCCGAUGUGCGGGACUGGUGCUGCCGCCCGAGCGCGGGGAGUCAGAGGAAGCAGACGGUGCUGGGCCUCUCUCAGAGAUCCUGGCGCCGUGGCUGGUGGGUGCAUCUUUGGCCAGACGGCCCUUAUUCAGUGAGAGUUCAAUGAGGUCCUCGGCGUCGCCGGCGGACCUCCCCUCCACCGUUGGCCUCCAAGAGGCGGUGGAAGAGGAUGUGCAGUGACCCCCGCAAAAACCGCGCGAGAUCCCGGCAUCUUUUUUUCUCUCCGGCGAGCCGCGCAGUCUUCCGGUGCUUUGCGUUUUGUCCAAGAUGUCAUGGAGAGACCUCCGGGGCACCUCUCUGGUGUCAACAUCUUGCGCACGGCGUGCCAGAGUGUUUCCUGGGGGAACCUGGU